AACAUAACCUAUAUUUGAAUUUUAAUGUCAAAAUAAUAAAGAAUCGCAUAUAUUUUUACUUUAUUUUUAAAUGUUGGGAUAUUAUUUUACAUUUCGUUAUAGUUUCAGAAAAAUUACACAUUUUAGCCAAUUUUCCAACUCAACAAAUGUUGUAAAUAGUCAAAUUCUAUCAGAUUUAUUUGGCAUUAGUUGUAACGAAGCAAAUUUAUAUGUGGAUAAACAUAAAUUACAACACAAAGAUGGAGAAUUACUAGCACAAAGUGUAGAAUUAUGUCGAUCAUUUGGUUACCAGAAUAUGGACAUUUUAAAUACACCUAAUUUACUUACUGUUCACCCACUUGAAUUAAUACAACAUUAUAAAGCUUUACACGAAGGAGGAUUUAAUGAUAUAACACCACAUGUUUUAGCCAAGGCCAGAACUUACAUGAGGCGGUUAAUUAUACAGUUAAAAGCCAAAAAUUUGAUUCCAUAUUCAACAAAUGUACCAGAAAUGUUAAUAUCUUAUAUUGAAGACAAAAAUAUAGCAGAAAGGGUCAGAAAAAAUUAUCGAAAUAAGAAAAUAUGGAACGAUAUCCAUUUGGAAGUUCUAAAGAAUUUUUUAAGAAUAAGAUUAAAUGGAACUAAGGAUGAGAUAGACAAUCUAAUAAGGAUUCACAAAUUUGUAAGAAAUAAAAGUUUUAGAGUAAUUCAAGAAAAUAUCAAAGUAGCCCAGAGCUUAGGUUUUGAACCUAGAAAAAUUAUUAAAUAUGGAUACUUACUUGCUAGCUGUCCAAGUUACGCGGAAACUACUCUUCGUGAUUUGGGCAACAUUGCUGGCAUAGAUAUGAAACGAGCAAUGCGAUUAUAUCCUAAACUAAUGAUAACUCCUCCAAGAAAUAUAAUUAAAACGUACGGGAUAUUGAAGCAAUUUGAUAUUCCGGAUGAGACUAUUCGCCAACAACCAAACGUCUUUCACAUGGCUCCUCAAACUGUGAGAGUUAGAUUACAGGAAAUCGAAAAUUCUCCAGACUUAAAAUUAUUGCUCCAACAUCCAAAAAUUCUGGCAUUGGUUGUACAUCAUAAUAGAGCCAAUGAUAGGUUAAGCUUUUUACAACAGUCACAGAUUCGUUGCGUGCCUUUAACUAUUUUAAGUAACAACAUAGUAGAAAAUAAUAUCAAAAAUUAAACCAAUACAGAUGGAAUCUCUGCAAUGAAUUCGCAAGAGGGUUCAUCAUCAACAAGUUGAUUAGCUUCUGUCUUGGGUUUCCUCCGACUCUUCAGGAUUUUCUGUGUGGCUCUCCAACAUUUCCUCGCUGGGAACGAUAUCAUUAUAAAACAUCAGUUCAUCUAGAUCUCUCCACUUUUUGCCAAAGUGUUUGGUCAGCAAUUUGUUCACGUCAUUUAACUUCAGACUGUUGACCUGAGGCAGGCCGGCGUUGAUUAGAUCUGGUUUAAUCAUGCCAAUUGGUUUUCCUUUUUUUGUGAAUCCCUUAAAGGUUUGCAAGUCGCUCCUAUAAUGGACUUCACCUCUUAUUAAAAUAUUUCCAGACUGGCAUCUCUUCAGAUAAAAUCGUUUCGUAUUUUUAAAUUGGAAGUGCCAUGAUCCUGGGGGUUUCAGUACCUCUUUAACGCUUUUUUUCCAGUCG